AGACUCUCAGGGCUUUUAGUGAGGGAGGUUCUUGUAGGGAUCUUAAGGAACUUGAGUUACGCGCACUAGCUUAUAGAUUCUUCGUGUGGUCUGGAGAACAAGAGUGUUUCAGGCGCACUGUGAAUUCUUAUCAUUUUGCUGAACAUUUUGGGGAAAGGAAAUAAACCGCUCGCUGCUCUUACUACGUUGAACCAUAUGAAGGAAGUAGGAAUCGACCCGAGUGUCCUCCAUUACACUACUUUGAUAGACGGUUUGAGCCGCACAGGGAAUUUGGAGGCGUGCAAGUACUUUCUAGAUGAAAUGGUGAAAGUUGGGUGCAGACCGGAUGUUGUUUGUUACACCGUGAUGAUAACAGGGUAUGUUGUAUCUGGAGAGCUCGAGAAGGCAAAGGAGAUGUUUAGAGAGAUGACGGUAGAAGGGCAAUUACCGAAUGUAUUCACAUACAACUCGAUGAUUCGCGGGUUGUGUAUGGUGGGAGAGUUAAGAGAGGCGUGUUGGUUGUUAAAGGGAAUGGAAUCUAGAGGGUGGCGCGGUGUUUUUGAACUCGACUUAAGGAUAAAAGAUGAGGGUAUACACUUUCUUCCUCCUCAGCUCUACGCAAGCAAAACACUGGUUAAUCUGACGCUAGGGACAAAGCUCUAUCUUGGAAAUCUUCCUUCAUAUGUGUCACUUCCAUCUCUUAAGUCUCUCUUCAUCGAUACAGUUUUCUUUGACUAUGAAGAUUUGUGUUGUGUGCUACUUGCUGGUUGCCCCGUGCUUGAGGAGUUAUCAGUUCAUCACCAUGACUUUCCAGCAACGCCUCACACCAUAUCGAGUCCAACCGUUAAGAGACUAUCAGUUGAUUACCAUUCUCCUGAUGAUGUUGAUAGUGCUAGUCAUAUGUCAUUUGACCUGCCAAAACUUGUCUACCUUGAGGUCAAAAGGCUGGAUGUAACGGAUCUCAUUAAAGGGAUAAGAAACGUCCAGACCCUGCAUCUUUCUCCUGAUUCUGUUCAUGUGAUUUAUUCAUACUGUAGAUAUGGGCUACCGGUGUUUGAGAAUCUUGUUAGUUUAUCUUUGGGGAGUAAGAAUAACCAAGGUUGGAAACUGCUGGCAUAUCUGCUUAAGCAGUCUACAAAACUUGAAACUCUAAUUGUCAAGGAUCUGAAUGGUUACACUGGCGAUGUCUCCAUGCCUCUGAACAAAGUGAAGGUUCUUACAAGUGCUGAAACUGCAAGUGCAUGUAUCUUCUUUUAAGCUUCCACUAGGUUAUAGAUACAGUGAGUUUCAUUACACUCUUUGCACUUUACCAUUAAUCGCUUUCUUCCGGUUGUGUACAUUGCUCGUUUCGGUUAAUCCAGCACUUAAACCAAUCGUGCUUAGCUUAUUGAUGUAUCAGGCACAACUAUUAAAGGAUUUUUUUUGCA